UUUUGAUCCCUACUUAGCGCAAAUUUGCUCCAUAGUACCUGACUCGCACGCCUCUUCACUGGUCCAUAAGAAAAUUUGGUGUUAGUCCUCUGUUAUGCUUGGAGGUGAAUAUAGGCUCAAAGCUCUUCCCUCCUUAUAGCUCUCAAGGAAGCCCUUACUCUUAUAUAUAAACGAAGCUUCGCAAGAACACUUACAGCCCUGACGAUCGACGUGCCUAUCUCUUGCCCGAACCCUAGUCUAAUGAUCCUUGUAAGAUCCACCCUUCCACUGCGACGUUGUCGAUGCAUGGGGUAUCUACGGUUACCAAUUAGCAGUCCAAAUCCUUCGCCGAACCACGCCGAUCUCCUGUCACAUCAUGGCAUUCCAGUGGGCCUUUCCACUAUCUACUCCGGAGAUAAACCCAUUUUUCUAAAACAAAGCUAGUUGAACGCCUAAUCACGCUUUGUGAUCUCUCAGAACUCUUUCAAGUGGUUUAGUGUGCCAAGUUUCUCCGAGGGUAUACCGUAUUUGAGCAGCUAGUGGCGAGGCAGAGCCAGAAACCUAUGUACUAGUACUCAACACGAGAACUCAACAUGGGUGGUCUUCCUUUACGUCAAUCACAUGGUCAACUUGAGAAUACACCACACAUUCCCCACGAGGCUGUCUCAUCUAUCUACGAAAAGCUUGCCUAAGACCGACUAUAGAUAUAAUAUAUCCUAUAGGUCAGAUUCCCUGUUAACCUCGACUACUGUUCAGCCAAUAUAUACUCUCCAAAUACGUUCGAUUCUAUGCGUACUCCGAUUCUGCGUUAUGGUAGGUUGUAACUGUAGGCGCUUACUAGAACCACAACACAAGGGAACAAGCCACUAAGCUGGAAUUCAAUAUAGUGAAGGGAAAGUAAUACAAAGUUCUCUUCAACAUGGACAAAG